GGCAGCUGAUUGGUUGAGCCGGUGAGGCGUCGUUUGAAUGCCAGUUGCAUGUUGUUGUUGUGUUGUGGUGACUUCUCUGCUCUACUCUACUCUUCUCUGCACAUUUCAUUCAGUUUCCAGCAGGAUUUUACCAAACAUUGAAUUCGGGAAACUUGUUCAACUCCAGAGUUAGACCUUGGCUGCAGUGUUUGUCCUCCAGUGAUCCUGACCUCUGUGUUGGACUAUGAGGCGUCAUGAUGAAUCUGCCAGCCGCAGGAAGGGGAAGACCCCUCAACGUCGUCCCCCGCAGGAAGCCCCAGGGACCUCCGGUUCGACAGGCCGGUCCCCAAGACGGAGUGGAGAAUCAAGGAGGCCCCCAGGUUCUCCUAAGAGGAGAAGGUUUCGACCAGGGACGAGGGCCUUAAUCGAGAUUCGCAAGUUCCAGAAGAGCACCGAUCUUCUGCUCAGGAAGGGACCCUUCUCUCGCCUGGUUCGAGAGGUGUGCCAGAGUUUUUCCAGUGAAGCUCUCCGGUGGCAGGUCUUCGCUCUUCUGGCCCUGCAGGAGGCUGCAGAGGCGUUUCUCGUCAUGCUAUUCUCAGACGCCAACCUGUGUGCCAUCCACGCCAAGCGGGUCACGAUAUUCCCCCGUGACAUUCAGCUGGCCAGGAGGAUCCGCGGGGUGGAUAACCUAUAAAAACACACUGUUACAUACUUUCUUCAGUCUGUUCUGAUAUUAUGAAGCUGCGUUUAAUCUGUUCAAACUGUUUUAAACGUUUUCUGAUUUUGUGCUGCAUUUUUUAAAUUUGGGUUUAAAUUCUUGGGUAAAGAAAACAUUUGUCAUCAUUUGCCUCGGCAGAUCAUCACCGGUUUUAUAAGAAGUUCAAAUUCAGUUCCUCUGAGUGUGCUUCAAGUCUCUUUUAACAGUCGGACUGUUAAUCGUAAAAUAAUUAUUAUCAAGCAGCUGUAUUUUUAUACAUUGUUGAAUAUUUAACUUUACAUAACAGAUAUACUGUGUUAAUGUGAUCUCUGUGUUGUAUUGAUUUUGAUAUGUUAUUAAUGUGUACAUACUGUUCCCCAUUCAAGUCAAUUUAUAUUGUUAAUAAACAGCAAAAUGUUUUUUUAUUACG